AUGGGACCAAUGGGGACGCUGGGUGAAGAAAACCAGACAGAUGAAGUGAAAAUGGAGCUCUUCACUAGGCUAUACGUGCCAAGACUCACCACACCCCUAAGUGAGCUGGCACCUGACCCCAAACCAGAACUGAAAGACAGCACCAUGUUGGUUGAAGUGCAAAUCAUACUCAUCUUUGCUUAUUGCUCUAUCAUCCUACUGGGGGUGAUCGGCAACUCCCUGGUGAUCCAUGUGGUUAUCAAGUUCAAAAGCAUGCGGACUGUGACUAACUUCUUCAUUGCCAACCUGGCAGUAGCUGAUCUGCUGGUGAAUACACUGUGCCUGCCCUUUACCUUAGUUUACACACUAUUAGGAGAAUGGAAACUGGGACCACAACUGUGCCACCUGGUGCCUUAUGCCCAAGGUCUUGCAGUACAUGUGUCUACUGUCACUUUGACUGUGAUUGCCUUGGAUCGGCAUCGCUGUAUAGUCUAUCAUUUAGAGAGCAAAAUCUCUAAGCGGAUCAGCUUCCUGAUCAUUGGGGUCACUUGGGCUGUCAGUGCCCUCUUAGCCAGUCCCCUGGCCAUCUUCCGUGAGUAUUUUCUGAUUGAGCUCAUUCCUGGUUUUGAAAUUGUGGUCUGCUCUGAAAAGUGGCCUGAUGAAGGACAGCUGAACUAUGGCACCAUCUACAGUGUCUCCAUGCUCCUUAUACAAUAUGUUUUGCCUUUGGCAAUCAUUUCUUAUGCCUACAUACGCAUUUGGACCAAACUAAAGAAUCAUGUAAGCCCUGCGGCUGGGAAUGACCAGUAUCACCAACGGCGGCGAAAAACCACCAAGAUGCUGGUGUGUGUGGUGGUGGUAUUUGCUGUAAGCUGGCUUCCCUUUCACACUUUCCAGCUGGUCAGUGAUAUUGAUAGCAAGGUGUUAAAUCUAAAAGAAUACAAACUGAUCUAUACAGUGUUUCAUGUCAUUGCCAUGUGCUCGACUUUUGCUAACCCCCUUCUCUAUGGCUGGAUGAAUAACAACUACAGGACGGCCUUUCUCACAGCAUUCCAGUGUGAGCAGCGGCUGGACUCCAUUCAUCCUGAAGUAUCAACAGCAAUCAAAGUCAAGAAGAACCUAGAAGUAAAAAAGAGUCAUUGCACUGGAGGCCCUUUCACACAACCUACCAAUGUCUAAGAAGUCAGGUUUAAAAGAGGAAAUGAAUACACUAUGGACAUAGAGAUAAAUCAAUUCUGCCAGAUGCAUUGUUAAUGUGUAGUUUGUAAUCAUAUAAGGUGGAAGAAAACUGGCAACUAACAUAAAGCAUCUGUUGUAUGAUUCCCAUGGAGUUGGUUUGCUGUCAACCAUAUAAAAUAACACAACUCCAAAGAAAGAAGAGAGAUGUUGUCCAUGACUGUCUGUGUUGCGAUUAAAGGAAUUUUUCCUUUUGUUCUAAGUCAGUCAUGAGAAAGGCAGAGAAGGUGUGUGUUAUUCUUGCCUUAAGGAAGCAGUUUCUUCCUAGGGAGUGUCAAAACUGGAAGUUGGCUGAGUAGAAAUUAUAAGCCUGGCAAAGAGAGAAAAGGGAGUCCUUUAGAAGACCAUGGCACACUUUAAGAGGAAGGCUGGGAAUUGCUGUUGAAGCUCAUGCUUUCUGUCUCUUCUCCAUUUCAACUGCUCUGCAAAAAAGAGGGUUAUCUUAAAGAGAGAACAUACCGCUAUUUUUUACUUGUAUUUAAGUAAUUUAAAUAAGGAAUUUCUAGAGGGAGCUUAAAAAUGGAGUUUAAGCUGAGAAAGGUGAAGUUUCUACCUAAAUUAUAAUCUGGUUUCUUCUAAAUCACAUGGCAUAAUAAAUACUUCCUUAUAACUAACUAAGGGUAAGAUGAAGAGAAAAUUUUAAAUCUGGGACCUGAUCCCAGGGCUGGCCCUAGGGAAAAUGGCCUCCUGGGCAAACUUGUAUUUUGGCUCCCCGCCCUGAGUCAGUGGCACUGCUGCACGCAGAGGCAGGUGGGCAGGGAUGCAGGGUGUAGUCCAGCGGGGAGGUGGAGCAGCAUGGUUUACCAGGCAGAUGGGUGGGCAGGCACUGCUGCUGCUGUGCACGAGCAAGGCAAGCGGACUGGAGCAGGGGGCACUCUGCUUGCACGUGCCUGGCUUGGCUCCUUCUGCGCAGUGGCUGGAGGUGAGGGGCAGGCUGGGCUGGGCACCAUUCCUCCUGCCUGGGGUGGGGAUUGGCCAGGGGGGGGGAAGAGUGCUGCUAUAAGCGUUGGCUGCUCGUGUGUUUGCGUGCAUGUGUGGUGUGUGUGUGUGUGUGUUUGUACAUGUACUACCCACAUAGCCCACCCAUAAGGUCGGCCCUGCCUGAUCCUGCAUUCAUAGUGCACACAGACAUUUCAUUCUGCAUUAGAAAUAGCUAAAUAGACCAAUGCUUUCAGGUGGCAAUUUUGGGCAUGUAGUGAAUGCAGGCUUGGGUCGUCCAUGAACACUUUUUAAAUUGAGGGAGCUGUUCAUGUUUGGUCUUUCAGGUACUGCUGAAGCUUCUAAAGUAUUAUUACCUCUACAGGCUUUGAAUUGUUCCUGCUUUAUUCCACAAUAAUAAAGUGGGAGAGAAUUUGAAAGUUUAGGAAGGCUGCUAUGAUAAUAUGCUUUUCAGUGUUUGUGGUUUUGUCUUGCACGUUUUGUUGUGAAGCUUUUUCCAUUUUCACACUCUAAGAUUAGAAACGAAGUGUAAUCUAGUACCAGUAUCCUCAGUUUGCAUAUAUUAACCAAUUAACUCUGCAUGUUGUAGUUAAUAGUUACAUUUCUUUUGCUCAGGUAUAAAACUUUAAACUGUAUUGUACACAGCGAAGUGCAACUCUUCUGUGUCUUUGUUUAGCUUCUUUGAACUCAUUAAAGUUAAAGAAAUCAAGAUAAUUUUAACCACUAUUUUUUUC